AUGGCGUCGCUGGGGAAACCGCUGUCUUCUGUUUCCGUGGUGACCGUGUCCGCCGCGUCCGUGAAGCUCGCGCGGGGGGGGUCAGAGGUCAGAGGUCAGGGGUCAGGCUGGUUGACCCCGUGUGUCCCUACAGGCUCCGCCCCCUGCCCCGGCGCCCUGGACUGCGCUCGUCUGGGGCGGCGCUUCUGUCGCCCCGGGACGUCCAGCUGUGGAUCCUGUCUGCAGCCGCUCGUCCAGAACUCCAGAGGGCGCUGUGUCCCCAGGAGACGCCCGCACCACCUGAGCCCCCGCUCGUUCUCGUUCCCGGAGCUCGACGAACAGAUCGACAUCGACCUGCUGACGGCCAUCGUCACCCAGCAGAGGUCACAGGUCACACUCCCAGGAACGGCCAAUCAGAGCGCAGGGAUCACAGGAACGGCCAAUCAGAGCGCAGGGAUCACAGCUCCGCCCCCUCUGAAAGACCCCGCCCCCAGCGCGCCGCCGGCCAAUCGCAGCGCCUCGCCCUCGGCCCCUCCCACGGCGGUGACCAAUCACAGCUCGGCUCUGCUCAGCGCCGUGGUCCAGCCCCGCCCCCGCCCCCCGAGCAUGUCUUUGUUUUCGCCGUCGUCCUCGUCUUCGUCCUCGUCUUCGUCCUCGUCUUCGUCCUCGUCUUCGUCCUCGUCUUCGUCCUCGUCUUCGUCCUCGUCGUGGUUGUUUCGUCCUUCGUCUCUUCGUUCUCUUCCUCUCACCCUCUUCCUCUCUGUCGUCUCAGUCAUGAGCAGCGUUUUCAUCGUCACAGGAUCCGUCGCUCUGAUGAUCGCAGGAGCCUGUUGGGUCAGGUUACAGAGGGGGGUUCAUGUUUCUCAGGUGGAUUUUCAUCCUUAUGGACUCAAGAAAACACAAACCUACAACCAGCCUGGUGAUCGUCGUUUGGUGCAAAACGCUCAGAUGUUUCAUUAUCAGCACCAGAGGCAGCAGAUUCUCUCCAUCCAAACACACGGUGAGAGUCCGAAAGAACCCGACUCCGGAGCCUCUUCAGACGACGACAACGACGACGGAGAUUUCACCGUCUACGAGUGUCCAGGACUCGCCCCGACGGGGGAGAUGGAGGUGAAGAAUCCGCUUUUCGACGACUCGACUUUGUAUUUCCACAGAUUCCACAAAUAGAAACAGAGUCCCCUACACACUACUGAGCCCCCUACACACUACAGAGCCCCCUACACACUCUGACAGAACUACAGA